ACUGAGGGGAAAAUCACUGACUUUAUAAAAUGAAACUUUUUGCGUAUUUCAUUUUUGUCUUUCUGUGUUCAGUUGCCUGCGCUGACGAACCAGAAGAUAAGUUUUCAUACGAGUCCAAACUUUUGGAGAAAGUGAUCCGCAUGGAGAUAAAGAUGUCACAGAUAGAGCAGGUGCAGGUACAGACGCGGACCAUGUUCGAUAACCUCUUAACGAACGUCACGAUGACCUUGGAGAACAGAACGGCCGAACUGGAUGUCUUGAAAGAUCACAUGGGCUUACCUCUGGUAGCGUUUUAUGCCUACGAUCCAAUAGAUUACAGUCUUGACACGAACCAAAUUCUCAUACUAAGCAACAUCACAAUGAACGAAGGGGGUGGAUAUGAUAACGUUAUCGGCACCUUCAGGGCACCUGUUGCGGGACUGUAUUACUUCGCAGCGCAUGUUUGCACCUCCUCAGGGAUUGGAUUCUACUACGAAAUCGUGAAGGAUCACGGAAUGAUUGCCAAGAUUACGAAAUUUAACAAGGUGCAAUACGAUUGUGGCUCUGUCAAUGUCAUCACCAAGAUGGAAAAGGACGAACGUGUAUGGAUCAAGUGCACAAGUGGCAACACCUCCCAACAACUGUAUACACAUAUCAGUCAUGCUAAAACGUCGUUCCUUGGCAUUCUUAUGCAUAAAUAA